AUGACCUUUUUAAACUACGACGAAGGAAAAUAUCACUAUGAUGACCACGAAAUCGAAGAUACUGAAUACUUGCCAUACUUGAAGAAAUAUCUGUAUUAUUUGCACAAACAUAGCUUAUUUUUAACUAAAACUAAUGAGUCCGAUGGCGAUGAUGAUGACGACGACGACGACGAAGAAGAAGAAGAAGAAGAAGAAGAAGGUGAUGAUGAUGAUAAUGAUAAUGACAACGACGAAGAUGACGAAGAUGACAACAAUGACGGUGAUGAUGAUAAUCAAAAUUAUCUGGAUUUUGAAGAAGGAGAAGAAAUUUUGUACGAUGCAAUUCUCAAUAACGUAAACAAUUUAGACCACAACGAUGCUAGGAACCUAGAGAAUAACACAUAUCGAAUUGCAUCUCCAGAUGAUUUUCGAAAUUUCAGUCGAAAUUUCAAUCAAGCUAUGCAAAGAAACUUUCCUAGAUAUAUUCUUCAAAAUCCUAAUAAUGAAACCACUAAUGAUAUCAAUGCCACUAAUAAUGCUGAUAAUACUGAUAAUACUGAUAACACUACUAACACUACCAACAAUCACAAUCACAAUGAUAACAAUAACAAUGAUAACAAUAACAAUGAUAACAAUAACAAUAACAAUAACAAUAACAAUAAUAACAACAACAAUAAUAACAACAACAAUAAUAACAACAACAAUAAUAACAACACUGAUAAUCUUGGUAGGCCUCCUCUUGACACUUUGGAAUUUGAUCUACAAAUACCUCAAAUCAAUUUCUCAGAUUCUGUUAUAAGAUUCAUUGAAAAUUCUACCAAUAAUAUAAUUGAUGAUAAUAUGUCCCUUGAUUCUGAUUCUGCUGUUGAUCCUGAUGUUCUUGUUGAUCCGGCUAACCUAGUAGCAAACAGAUUACAAGAUCUUUUUUUUGCAAGUAGAAAUAUUCACCCAUCUCCAGAUAUUACCAGAAAUAUCGAAAUCACUUCCAGAUUUAACAAAAGAGUUUCUUCCAACAACUCGAGCAAGGUAAAUGAUUUGAAAAAGAAAAAGAAAAAAAAAAUAGAAAAUCCUGUUCAUAGAAAUAGACCAUGUGGUAGAAUAUUAAAAAAAGAUGAACCAAUUUAUAGAUGCAAAGAAUGUGGAGUAGAUGAAACCUGUGUUCUCUGUGUCUAUUGUUUCAAUAAAAAUGAUCAUAAAAAUCACUCUGUUAGGGUCAGCAAAGCUCAAUCUUCCUCUGGAACCUGCGAUUGUGGUGAUUUGGAAGCUUGGAACAACAUUCUACAUUGCAGAUGCGAAUUAAAUGAUCACAACCUCCACAAAACUGUGCACAAUAAUGACGGUCAACAAACUUAUCCCAAUCAAGAUACCCCCAAAUAUGAAAGUUUAAAACCUCUUUUUGGUAACUGUGAAGACAAAAAAGCAUUUAAACAUGUCUUGAGCAUCGUGCUUAACUAUAUUAUUGAUACCUAUAUGGACUCCAUUCAAACAAUUCCCUUUAUAAACAAGAUCUUACUCAACAAACGUUGGAAUUUUACAAAUCCUUUUGACUAUGUCAGUUUUAUCAAAAAGUUAACUGUUCAACAAAGUUUCUCCAAAAAAAGCUAUCCUCUUGCCGAGCAAUACGAUCGACCAGCGGAUUAUUACAAUGUUAUAUUGUGGAAUGAUGAUUUUCAUACAUUUGAUAUUGCUGUAGACACUGUUAAAAAAGCAAUUAACGCUGAUCAUAGCUCAGCUUGGGUUCAAACAAAAAGAAUAGACAAAAUUGGCUAUGCUGCAUUGCAUAAAACAAACGAUUUAAAAUCUGCUUACAAGUUAUUUCAAAAAGCAUCUUCUAAUGGUCUUCAGGCAACAAUAGUGAAUGAAAGAGAUUUUAUUAAGGAAAACAUAUGCUAUGAAUUAAUCAACUGGUUAUCAGAUUGUUUUAAUUUCAAGUACGAUUAUCCUGAACUGUAUUUUGAAAAUCUUGGCUUGAAAAAUAACUUUGCUGAACUAUUUAGAGAGUCUUUGUUGGAAUGUUUAUUUGAGAGGUAUGAUGAUGCAGGGAAAAUCAAUGAAAACUUAAUUCCGAUGAAUGAUUUUUUAAAAUUGAUACGUUUAGAGAAAACUAUUAAAACAGAAAGAGACUUUGAGUUUUUUUGCUUCAACAACUCUUUAUUUUAUGAAAACAAAAUUCCAAACUGUUCGAAAACAAAGUUUGUUGAAAAUAUAGAUAAAUUUAACCCCUCAGAUCUAUUCAAUACCUCUUCAAUUCUAACUUAUACUAAUGAUGAGAGCAACCCAUUGUUGAAUUCAAGAUUUCAAUUUAUUUUGCUUAAUCUAUUUAAAUUGUUCAAGAACUCAAGGGUUCAACUUAAAGGGCUAAUUAUAGAGUUAUUGACUUCAAUCAAUAUUAACUUAAAAAAUACGUUUUUCAAUGGUCAUUAUAUUCCAAUCUUUCCAAAUCUAAUCAAAAAUUUCAUUGACAACGAUAGAGAAUAUCAGUUUAAUAUUAUGAGCGAGAUAUCAGUUCAGUUCCUAACUUCUUCGUUCAUGGUCUCUUCUUUAAUUAAUUUUGAUAAGUUGGUUUAUUACUUUUCUCCCUUGAUACAAUUUUUUGAGAAUUUUGAAUUCAGAAAAGAUGGAAAUUUUGAAUUUACACCCGACUCAAAGAAAGACAUAACGUGGGUAAAUUCAAUCCCUUCUUCCUUUAUACGGGAUGAAGCUUGUGCAUUUUAUUCAAAGUAUAAAGUCGGCUUAUCAUUUUUGAAACUUGAUUUUAGCUAUAUUAUUGAGAAAUCAGCUCUUACAUUUGGCUCAUUGAUAUAUCAUAAAAACAUAAUCAAGGAUGAAGCGGUUGAUCUUGAUAAAAAUCCAAAAUUAAAAUUCUUUGAAAAACAAAAUUUUUGGUUAAUGUUAUGUUUUUUCAAACUUUUUCAAAGUUCAUGGAUGAUAAAGAGAGAGAAAAAUGAACAUACAGAGUUUGAGCCAACAGAGUUUUUUUUACAUUUCGAAAUGUGUGCAACAUUCUACUUACUUGCCCAGUCAUUUUUCUAUGAUUCUAGACUUGUGAAGGAUAUAGAUAAUAAGCAGUUACUUCAAAAUUGCAGAGAAUUAAUUUCGUUCCUUAUUGAAUAUAAUAUCAGAAAGGGCAUCGGUUAUCAUAAAGAACUUUUAGUUUAUGAAUCACAAGAACAAGAGUCAAUAUAUCCUAGAAAGAUUCGAACAAUAGGAUUUUCAGUAAGCGAAGGUAGAGUUGGGUUUUUAAAUCCAUUGAACUCUUUGUUAUCUCUAAAUUUUGAUAUCUUCCAAGCUUCUUUUGACUCAAUUGCCAAUGUUUUUGAUACACAAACAAUACGGGAUAAUUUUGGCUUGAUCUGCGAUGUUUCACUAAGAAGUAUUGUUUUAUGUGCUCAGGUUUCUUCUGGGUUUUGGGUGAGAAAUGGAGAGAUGACAGCAAGACAGAAUAAUUUAUACUCAAAUGCAAUCCGCUCUAACACUUGUAUUCCAAUGGAAGGAUAUUUAAGAGAUUUACACAUUGUUCAAUUGAAUUUUUUAAUCAACAAUAUGGGUGAUGAUAGCUACAGCCAAGAUAUCAAACUAAUGGUAAACAUAUUAGAAAGAUUUGAGUUACUUGAAUUAUUGCCAAACCCUAAUGUUACUAAUGAAGACUUUGAUUCUUUUGUAACAAUUUAUGAAGAAAAAGGGUCGUUGAUGGUUUAUUUUUAUUUACUAUUUUAUUACAGAAUAUUGACAGAAAGAACUUAUUUAAACUGUCAGUUAAAUGAAGAAGAAAAACUUAAAAAGAUGAUAACAAACUGUAUUGCGUACUCCUUAGCAAUCAACAAUAAUUAUUUGAGUUAUCAUCAAUUUUCUGGGUUUUUAUCGAAUUCGAUAAGAGAAAAUAAACACUUUGAUUCUAUUUUAAAAGAUAUUACACAAUAUCGACCUCCAGCAGGAAUAUCAGACAAAGGUACCUAUUCUUUGAAAGAUGAAAAUCUAUCAACCUUGGAUCCGUUUGGCCCAUAUUGUGAUAUUUCUGAUCAAGUUUCUGAUUUAAUAAAAUUAUCUAUUCUUCGAAAUAAGCAAAAAACUUCUUCCUUACCAACAGAUAAAACAAAGAUUGAGCUUGAGUCUACUAUAAUUUCUCCAAAUUUGGAACAUUUACCGGAUGGUAUGAAUAGUUAUACCAAUUUUAUUAGAAACCCAUUUUUCAUUUCUGUGUUUUAUGGUAUUCUUAAAGUUUGUAUUGCAAAAGAAGAGUUUUCAACUGUUAUACCUCUUGCACUUCAGCUAUUACAUGCAAUGAUUCUAGAUAAUGAAAACAAUCACAAAGAUCAAACGAAUGAGGGCGAAUCUAAAGAAAUGUUGCAUGAUUAUUUAAUUGAGAAGGGAAUACCAAAAUUACUUUUUAGAUUAGCCAAGUCUAACCGUCCUCUUUAUGUGACAAAGAAAGCGUCCUGUUUACUUGAUAAAAUGGUGCUGGCAAGAACAGAUACCAUAAUGGAGCAACUAAGACAUUCAUUCCCUAAAGAAGAUGUGGAUGAUUUCCAUGCUCAAAAUAACAAAACAAAAGAAACUCUUGAAGAACGAAAAAAAAGAAAAGCCAGAAAGCGCCGAGAAAGAAUUUUAGCUAAAUUCAAGAACCAACAAAAAGAAUUUCAAAAGCACAAUAAUGAUUUUGAUCAAGACGAAAGCAUUAAAGAAAAUUCUAAAAUUAAUGAAAACACUCGCUACUGCAUAAUCUGCCAAAAAGCUGAAAAUAAUGAUGAAUUAUUUGGCAGCAUUGGGUUUAUGAACUCACACAACAUCUUUUGGCAACUUCCGUUUGGCCAUGAAAAAUCAUUGAAGAGCAGUUUUGACAACUGGGACAAUAAAUUUGAGAAAGGGUCCUUCUCAGAAUACAACUAUGAAAAGUGUUUUCCUAUAAAAUGCAAUUACUCCAAGUACCAGCCAGAUGGCUAUCCCUUUCUUAAAGAGCAAUUUCAAUCGAGAAAUUUUAUUAAAAAAAAUGUUAUCUCAUCGUGUAAUCAUGCAAUGCAUUUUAGUUGUUUUGGAAAUUCGUUAGCAAGACGUCAUCGUUUUGGGUCUGUUUUUCGAUGUCCUUUAUGUGAUUCUUUAAAUAACUGCUUUAUUCCAAGCUUUCCUUGCAGAGAAGAAAAAUUCUCAACUUUAAAGGAUAUUUUCGAUAACACGGAUAAUGCUUCGAUAGAUUCUACAGACAUCUCAAUUAACAAUCUAUUUGGAAAUUAUGAAAACACCAACUGCAAAAUGUUAGCUACUCAGAUGUUUUCAGAAGAGUUUCUUGAAUUGAUUCUAUCAAAAACCUCUAAAGACUUAGCUGAAGCCGAGAGGAAAGCUCAAAUAAUUGAUCAGUUUCAUGCUAUAAUUCUUAACUUAUCAGGUCUUCUCAAGUCAGAAUCGUAUAGCACGUUUUCACAAGAUUUAUCUCUUUUGAUAAGUAACACUAUAUCCAGUCUUGAAAUAUGGACUAGAGUUGAUGGAUUUGAAUCAUAUUCUAAGUUUAUUGACAAAAUUCCUGACAGGUGCAUUGAUCUAUUAAAGAGUCUCAUUCAGACUCGAGUUUUAGUUGGAUUGUUGAAAGACCAUUUCAAUGAAAUGAAAGAUACAGGUCUUAAGGCUGACCAAGCCAUUAAAUUUAAUAUAAUUUCGAAGGGGAAUUACUAUUUACACAAUUUCUUUUCUCAGUUUUUGAUUGUUUAUUUUCAAUCGAAGUUUUCAUUCAAGCAGUUGAUGAUUUUUUUUUACGAAGUGCAGAUUUUAUUGAAUUCAUUUUCUAUCCUUAAAAGGUGCCAGUUAGACAAAUCACAGUUGAAUGGUUUUUGUUCAAUUAAAAACAUGAGCGAUAGCAGCAAUCAUAUUUUUAAUGGUUUUCUUAGGUUUUUGAUGAUAACAUCCGAAGAACCAGGAGUGUUUUCCGACUUGGAAUUCAAUAAUCUUUCUUGUUCUUUUGGUGCGGUUAUUGAAAAAUUUGUUUUACCUUAUUUAAGAAACAUAAUGAUUUUAGUUAAAGCGUUUUCUUUCAACAGAAACAGUUCUAGUCCUUUACAUAAUGAAAUUGAAGUUUAUCGUAACAAUUUCCAGCACAGCUUAAUGGCUUUUAAAAACCCAAGUAAUAUUUCGCCUUUGUUAAGGUUUUUAAAUUUUCCUUCGUUGGAAGAAAUAGUGAGGCAUUUGGAAUCUGAUAAUAUGCGAAGCGUUGUUAAUGAAUUUAUUCUUGAAAAAAUAUCUGAAUUAAAUGGGUUAUUAUUGAUUGAUUACCCAGGUAUGAUUAGGCUAAUUGAAUUGCCAAACCAGCUAUCGGAAUUUUUAACUGAUAAUGAGUCGAUUUUAUUAAACAGUAGCAUGUUUGGAAACAAUUAUGAAGAAGAUACAGAUAAUACAGAUAGUAUGCAUUUUUUUCGUCGCCCUUUAGAUAGUGAUGCAUUAAUUUUUAGCAAACUCAAAACCGAUUACUUGAUAUGUUUACAAUGUGGUAAAAAAAUAUUCAAUUCCAAAAUUGCUAGAAGACAUAUUGAAAGAGAGUGUUGUUUUGUUGGUGUAUUUCUUUCUCCCCAGACAAAUGAGAUAAUUGUUGUUUGUGAAAUUUUAGAGAGUUUUCGAAGUACCGUUUUAAAUGCUCCAUAUUUAAAUAAACAUGGAGAAAGUGGAAGCAUGUCUUUAAGUGAUUGUGGCAAACUUACAUUAGCAUUGGACAGGUACUAUCAUCUUAAUGAAAUUUGGUUGUUGAAUGGAUUUCCAGAUGUUUUUUCACGAAACUCAAUCUCAUCUCUUCAGAAUUGA